AUGUCCGUUCGCAUCAAUCCGUUUGCCACAGCUACGCCCUCCUCAGCCCAAAAUUCAACCAACCGUGUUUUCUCACAAUCAGGUGGCCCAACGUCAGCGUACGCACGGCACCUUCAUGCAGCAAACAGUUACCUCCGCUACUAUGGAGGCCAGAUUGUUGUGCCGGAAAAGGCGCGUAGUGAAAGGGACAUCAUAGAAGAACACCAUCAAUUCAUCCAGGAAAAUGAUAACGAAAGCGAAGAAAUGGAUGAGGAGAAAAGACUGGCUAGGAGCUAUUAUCAAAAGCUGUACAGAGAGUUUGCAGUUGUGGAACUAGCGAGAUGGAAGGAAAAGCAGAUUGCGAUGAGGUGGCGAACGAAGGAGGAGGUACUGGCAGGGAAAGGACAAUUCUUGUGCGCAAACCUAUCGUGCCGAAACGAGGAGAGCACAUUGGAUGAAGAUCCGGACGAAGAUCCGGACGUCGUUUCAAACGACAGGAAAGGAUUGAGAGGAUUUGAGUUGUUAUUUGAAUACGUUGAGAAACUCGAAAAGAAGAGUGCACUUGUGAAGGUCCGGGUUUGUGAUCAGUGCGCCACCAAAUUACGGUAUAUCCAGGAAGGCGACCAGAAAAAAAGUAGGAAAAGCAGAGACAAGAGCAGAGGCGAAGCAAAGAGGACUGGGCAUCGAUCUAGAUCUAAGGAUCGCGGUCGAGGUAGAAGACGAAGACACGAUUAUGAGGGGACCAAGAGCGGUGGACGAACUAGGAGUCGAAGCCGAAAUCCAAGACAGUAUAAGGACCAACGUCGUUCGGCGUCGCCAAGAGAGGACGAAGAGUACAAAGUUCAGCAUCGUUCAAGGUCCCGAAAGGGCGGAGACGAAAGACAUAAAGCACAUCACAAAUCAUAA